CUACGCGGGCAUUUCUUUGACAAAUCUCAGCAGGCCGGCAUGACAUACGAUGCAUUGAGUGGGGAAGUCGUCCUGUAUGAGUCGAAGUCUAUGCCAGUGACCACUUUCCGGCAAAAGGACUUAGAGAAGGGGAAGAAGUGGAAGAAUAGUACCAUCUCAGGCCAAGUAAAGACCAAGGAUCACAUGAUCCUGACAUUAGAAGAAGGUGGUACCGAUGAGGUCCCAUAUGACCAGAUUGAGUGGGGAAUUGAAGAUGAUGGCAGUAGUGUGGGGCAGGGGAGGUCUUACGCUGCUGUCGCGGCCGGAGGGAGGCCGCAAGGAGGAGGAGGUGACCAGGGCCAAAGGGGCCAGGCCAUGGGUGGCCAAGAACCGGGCGCACAGGGGGUUGGCGGGCAGGGAAACCGCCAAGCGGGAGGCAGGGGUCAAGGUCCCCCGUCAAAUCGCCAGGGUAAUCGGUCUCCACAACAAAGAGGUGGAAGGGCACCUCAAGGGGGUUGGCACCCAGGCUUGCCACAGGGCAGACCCUUGGAAGAUUUGGGCUUCGACCAGCGCGUAUGGCAGGAACGUGUGGACCGGGAUAACACCUUAACACAUUGUUGUCUCAGUGCUCCUGCAUUCGCGCGAUUAGUAAAGAAGGAGCAGUUAGAAGACCAGGUCUUUGUAGUAUAUGUCAGACCUGUCACUGAGGCCCAGGAAAAGGAUAGUUCCACAGAUCCAACAAUUGCCAAGCUGCUGGAAGAAUUCAAAGACUUGACUGAGUCGCCGACAGGAGUAGUGUCGCGACCCAUCCAGCACAAGAUAGAGAUAGAGCCUGGUAGUAGAACUUCUAAGGGUGCAGUCUACAGGAUGUCCCCUGGAGAGGUAGAGGAGCUCCGCAAGCAGUUAGACAAACUCCUUGAAAAAGGUUGGAUCAGGCCCAGUUCGUCUCCUUUUGGAGCACCCGUUUUGUUUGUCCCCAAGAAGAAAGGAGAGUUUCGUAUGUGUAUAGACUAUAGGGGUUUGAACGCGAUCACAGUGAAGAAUGUUGAGCCGCUGCCCAGGAUAGACGAUCUUUUAGAUCGAGUGCAKGGUUGUAAGUAUUUCUCUAAGAUAGACUUAAAGUCCGGAUACCAUCAGAUAGAAGUCCAUCCUSAUGAUCAGUACAAGACUGCAUUCCAGACUAGAUAUGGGCAUUAUGAGUUUAUAGUGAUGCCCUUUGGACWKACCAACGYGCCAGCUACUUUUCAGYGUUGCAUGAAUGACCUGUUUAGACCGUGGUUARAUAAAUUUGUGGUAGUCUACUYAGAUGAYAUCCUAGUCUUUAGUAAGACCCUCCAGGAGCACCAGGGUCAUCUGAGGCAGGUCUUGGAGAAGCUUAGAGAGGCUAACUUYAAGAUCAACGCGAAGAAGUGCGAGUGGGCCAAGACGCAAGUCUUAUACUUGGGCCACGUGUUGGACGGAGAUGGCAUUAAGCUAGAGGACAGCAAGAUCGCGACGAUAAGAGAUUGGCUGACGCCCCGCACAUUGACAGAGUUGCGGUCGUUCAUAGGCUUAGCUAACUACUAUAGGAAGUUUGUGAGGAACUUCUCCACUAUCGCCGCUCCCUUGCGCCAGUUGUUGAAGAAAGAGGCAAUCUGGCGAUGGGACAAAGACUGUACGGUUGCGCUCAAGAAGCUAAAGCGCGCGUUAAUAGAGUAUCCUGUCCUCAAAGUUGCAGAUCCAUCCUUGCCAUUUGUCGUCACCACGGACGCGAGUCAGUAUGGGAUAGGCGCCGUGUUGCAGCAAGAUGACGGCAAUGGCUAUAGACCCGUAGAGUUCAUGUCGGCGAGGAUGCUCUGUGAAAAGGUUGCUCCCUCCACGUACGAGAGGGAACUCUACGCUCUCAGGCAAGCUUUAGAUCAUUGGAAGCACUACCUGCUUGGGAGGCACUUCAAAGUGUAUUUGGACCACGAAAUGCUUAAAUGGUUAAAGACUCAGGCCAAGAUGACACCUAAGUUGACUAGGUCGGCCGCAUAGAUAGACCAAUUCGACUUUGAGCUCAAGCAAGUGAAGGGCAAGUACAACGUAGUUGCGGAUGCUUUGAGUAG